GUUGGGAGCGAGCGGCUCGCAAUGCCGCACCACUAUGAGUCCUCCGCACAGUUUUGCCAUCCGAGACCUGCUUCCAGAAGCAUCGUCGCGGUCUCCGUCGCCCUCGGACACGGAACUAGACGUCACGGGCACGGAGACACCACCUCCCGGCUCCUCGAAAGACUCGACCGAAGAUAAGAAGAAAAACGAAAAGCCCGCGUACAGUUACAACGCGCUGAUAAUGAUGGCGAUCCGCAGCAGUCCAGAGAAGCGGUUGACGCUCAACGGCAUUUACGAGUACAUCAUGAAAAACUUCCCGUACUACAAGGAGAAUAAACAAGGUUGGCAGAAUUCUAUUAGGCAUAAUUUGAGCUUGAACAAAUGUUUCGUUAAGGUGCCACGGCAUUACGACGACCCGGGGAAGGGUAAUUACUGGAUGUUGGAUCCGUCCUCGGACGACGUGUUUAUCGGUGGGACGACCGGCAAGUUGCGGCGGCGGUCGACGGCGGCGUCCAGGUCGCGGCUGGCUGCGUUCAAGCGCGGCGCUUUGUUGCACCCUGUAUUCGGGUCCCCGUAUGCGUCCCUCGUGGGGCUCUACCCGCCCCUGUUGUCGGUGUAUGGACGCUAUAUGCCCGCGCCCCUGCUGCGCUUGCCACCGCCACCUUAUCACCAGUUGUACCGACGGAUCCACGGCUUGCCACCCAGCCCACCGCAAGAUCCAGAUCCUCAUAUGAAGCAUAGUUGAUAGAAAACAUGGAUUGUGCUCUGAAAAUCAAAAUUUAAGGGCAUAGUAUUCAGUGAUGGUAAUUCGCAACGAGCGGAUGGACGUUUCUGUUAAAGAAUUGCGAAUAUAAAAUGUGUUUUUCUUCGACUAAUGAAGAAUCGAGGACUAGGCCUGUCCUAGUAAUGUGUUUACUACCGAACAGGCCAAGAAUUGUGAAUUAUUCGCUAUUGACUGUGAUAGGAGUGUAAAGUGUAGUGUAUUAUAAUAAUCGAGUAAACUGUAUCAUAUGGUAUCGCUAUUUAUUAUUAACUUAAGAUUAUAUUUAACGUGUUUAAAUUAAAAAUGUUUGAGAGAUCUGAGCUAUAUUGGACGCAAUAAAAUGUUUAUAGGCGGAUUGCUU